AUGGAGAAGAGUAAUGGUCUAAGAGUGAUUCUGUUUCCACUUCCAAUUCAAGGCUGCAUCAACCCUAUGAUUCAGCUCGCAAAGAUCCUUCACUCAAGAGGUUUCUCCAUCACUGUGAUCCACACGAGCUUCAACGCACCAAAAGCUUCAAGCCAUCCUCUCUUCACUUUCUUACAGAUCCAAGACGGCUUGUCUGAAACAGAGACAAGAACUGAUGAUAACACUCAGCUCUUCACUCUUCUCAACCGAAGAUGUGAGACUCCGUUUCGUGACUGUUUGACUAAACUUUUGCAAUCUUCAGAUUCAAAAACAGAGGAAAAGAAAAAGAGGAUUAGCUGUUUGAUUCAUGAUUCUGGAUGGACCUUCACACAAAACCUAGACAAAAUUUUGAAACUCCCGAGAUUGAUUCUUAAUGUGUACACAAUCUCUUACUUUCGAGGCCAUUUUGUUCUUCCUAAGCUUCGCCGUGAAGGGUAUCUUCUGUCGCAAGAUUCAGAACUAGAUGAUCUAGCUGAGGAGUUUCCGCCGCUUCGAAAGAAGGAUCUUUUACGGCUCCUUGGUGAAAAAAGAGAGCUACUAGAACCAUACUUGAAUAUGAUUUUGGAAUCUACAAAGUCUUCUUCAGGAAUUAUAUUCAUGUCAUGUGAAGAGUUGGACCAAGGCUCAUUGAGUAAAGCACGUGAAGAUUUCAAAGUUCCAAUCUUUGCGAUAGGUCCUUCUCAUAGCAACUUUCCAGCCUCGUCUAGUAGCUUGUUCACACAAGACGAGACUUGCAUUCCAUGGUUAGAUAAACAAGCAGAUAAAUCCGUGAUUUACGCGAGUUUUGGUAGCCUCGCGUCCAUGACAGGAUCAGAGUUAAUCGAGAUUGCUUGGGGUCUAAGAAACAGCGAUCAACCUUUCUUGUUGGUCGUACGGGAUGGUUCGGUCAAAGGCACCGAGGCAAUCCCGGAAGAAGUCAUGGCAAGGCUUAACGAGAAAGGAAAGAUAGUGAAAUGGGCUCCGCAACAAGAGAUUCUAAAGCAUCGAGCCAUUGGAGGAUUCUUGACACACAAUGGUAUGAACUCGGUGGUUGAGAGUGUUUGUGAAGGUGUCCCUAUGAUUUGUUUGCCUUUUCUAUGGGACCAAUUCUUAUAUGCAAGAUUAGUUAGCGAUGUGUGGAAGGUCGGGAUCCAUCUAGAGCAUCGGAUUGAGAGAAAUGAGAUCGAGAGAGCGGUAAGGAGUUUAUUGUUCGAAAAUGAAGGAGAAGCAAUCCGAGAGAGGAUGGAACUUCUUAAGGAGAAAGUAGAAAGAUCGGUUAAACAAAACGGUUCGGCAUAUCGAUCUCUAGAACAUUUGGUUGAUCAUAUAUCAUCUUUCUAG